UAUCUUAUCAACUCCCGGUGGAGUAAAUUCAUAUAAUUUGCUCCCUGAAACUUAAGGGAGGCAGGGAACAGCUUACUAGGAAUACACAAAAUAGUGCGCGAUGCGUUUUUGAUUUGUACCAAUCAAAAUACACUUCUGAAAAACCUUUUUGGUCAAAGGUCACCCCUUGAUUAGUGGUUUACGCUUGGAGAACGGAGAUUUUAGUUUGUUUACAGCACCGAUGGAUAGUACCUUGUUUGCGUCUGCACAGUAAACAUGCGAAAUAAUCCGCUCCAAACUGGUAAAUAUUACAAGGACGCUGCCUUAGUACUUCACGGGAAAAAUCAUCCAGCAGACGCCUGAAACCUUUUGGCAAGUGCACCGCCCGCGACUGAGCCGGAAUCAGCAAAGGAGGGGCGCGAAGAGGCUUCGAGGUUACGGAACUGAUCGAUCCUACGUCAGUGGAACGGCGCGGUUGAUCGUCCGCCGUGGCACCAGCAACGGACAUCGGGGCAAUAAAAACUUGGAGUAUUUAGGGUAUGAGAAGCACGGAAAUGGACUGAAUUGUUGGUAUUCUAGCCACGAGCUCGCGCAAUGGAAGCGCUCCUAGCUGAUGUGAGUCGCUGUGGAUUGAACGAUAGCGCUGAUUGUGAGGUUGUGCAGGAAGAUUUGGAAAUCAGUUGUCUGUUAUGGGAAAUCCUUUCGGAAACCCUGGGCUACCUAGACAUCCAUUCACAAAUCAAAGCAAAAGGAGUGUGUUCGCUUUGGAAUCAACUGAUCACUGAACCUCUGCAGUCGGUUUGUGUGACACUGGAUUUGGUCAAUAUUACAGCGCACAUGCCAGUAAACAAGAAAACUUCGGAUGUCGUUCAGGUUUUGUUGGAACAAGCUAUCAGCAGGCGUCAUGUAAAAGGUCUGCUGAUUGACAUGCAUGUUCAGCAGUCCGAACCGCGGGACUUCGUAGCGAGCCACAUUGAUAUUACCAGCUCGUCGCUGCUGGUCAUCUCCCUUAAAAACUGCCGCAAUUGCUUCAUGCGCGAAAAAAAUCGCACUCAUUUAUAUUUUGAAAUAAGGUUUUUUCCACUUGCUCAUCUGCUGCGUCGGCGCAAGCAUCCGAAGCCCGGUGGGGACGAGUGGACGCUGGACCAGCGUGUGUCGUAUACGUGCUAUUCAUCAGCAUUACUGCGGAACUGGGUCUCACGUAACAACAGUUUGGAGGCUAGCGGACAGUUAUAAUUUUCUUCUCUUAAUUCAAUUGUUGAACCGAGUUAUGUUUGUCGUUACUCUAGUCCAGAUGUUUUGGAAUCUUCGAAAUAUAAUCUCUGAAUUGUUGUGCGUUUUAAUGGAGCGUUGAACUGCAUUAUUUACUCGUAUUUACAUUUAACGUAAAUGCCACAUGCCUGCUUAAAUUUGUCAAAUUGGCGUACAAAUUUGUCUGCGUGAAAAAUGUAAAGCUUCUAUUCAAGAUGACUUGCUUUACCUGUUGCGAGUGUUAUAGUAUUGUGCAGUACAUUAAUAGUUAAUCCGGUAAAGAUCUCUAUAAAUCUCGGUUGAUUCGUUAAAA